AAAAAUGGGACUAAGGCGGAAGUUACUGUAGUGAGAUGAAACUGAAAGAGCUAGAGCAGGCAACUGUAAAACAAAGGUAACCAAAGAAAAGAUGGAAUCCACCUGGAAAGUUCUUGUGAGCUGUUUAUUUUUAAUUGUGCCUGCUACUGCUUAUUCCAAUGGAAAAGUGACUAAAGCAUGCAGAAGUAUGGAGCCAAAGCAUGGACAUAAACCUCAACCUUUACCAAGCCCAUAUUCUCUAACACUCAACACAACUGAGUUUAAGCCGGGUGACAAAAUUAAAGUUGAUCUCUCAGGAUCCAGUUUCAAGGGAUUUUUGAUAGAAGCUCGAGAUGCUGAGAAUCUGAACAGUGAAGCAAUUGGCACCUUUAGUCUUAUUGACAGCACUUCUUCACAACUUUUAAACUGUGCAAAAAGACAAAAUUCAGCGGUCAGUCAUACAAGUUCUUCUGAGAAAGGAAAAAUCGAAGUAAUCUGGAAUUCACCUAGAGAUGCUCCACCUCAUGUGCAGUUUUUGUCAACUGUUGUCAAAACAUUUAAACACUUCUGGGUGAAAAUUCCAUCUCCUUUAGUCUCCCAGCCUAAUGCUCCUCCUUUGACAACCCCACCCUUGCCUACCGCUUAUUCUUCCAAAACAGACUAUACUAAUGAUAUAAUCAAACCAUUUAAUGCUUCUGGAUGUGGAACUACAAAAUCAUGUGUGCGAAAUCCAUCAUACUGCAACCCAGAGAAAGACAGAUACUGUUUUUUUCUCUCAUUUACAAAAGUGGAUCAAGCAGUGAGGGUUGAGCUGAGUGGCCCAGGAGAGGGAUAUAUUGCAUUUGCCUUUUCAGAUGACAAACUGAUGGGAAAUGAUGAUACAUAUUUGUGUAUAAAGGAAUCUCAGCAAGUUAAUAUUAAUCCUGCAUUCUUGACCGGGAGAAAGUAUCCUUCAAUGGAGUCCAAGGAUUCCCUUCAGGAUAUGGCUUGGAGAUUAGCUGAUGGUGUAAUUCAGUGUUCAUUCAGAAGAAACAUUAGCAUUCCUGGUGAUAACCACAGAUUCAGUCUGAAUGGCAGUUAUUACAUAUUCUUAGCUGAUGGACUUGCUACAAAUGGUAUGAUACACAGGCAUAAUCAUCAACCUCUAAUUACAGAUAAAAAACUUGAAGUUACAGGUCCUGCUAAGAAUCUGGGUGGAGCGCGCUCACCGUUGAUCAUUAAAUUUCAUGGUGCUUUUAUGUUUAUUGCUUGGAUGACUACGGUCAGCAUUGGAGUCAUCGUAGCCCGUUUCUUUAAACCUGUUUGGCCUGAUAAUUUGUGGUGUGGGCAGAAGGUCUGGUUUCAGGUCCAUCGCACUUUGAUGAUCAUCACUAUAAUACUGACAUGCUCUGCAUUUGUAUUACCAUUCCUUUACAGAGGAGGCUGGAGUACGCAUGCAGGUGCUCAUCCUUUCGUAGGUUGUGUGGUUAUGGCACUAGCAGUACUUCAACCCAUCAUGGCCUUCUUCAGACCACAUCCAGGUACUCCAAGGAGAAGCAUAUUUAACUGGGCUCACUGGGGAACAGGUACAGUUGCAAGAGUAACUGCUGUGGCAGCAAUGUUUCUUGGAAUGAAUGUACAAACCCUGGACCUUCCAAACCCUUGGGACACAUACAUGAUGGUUGGAUUAGUUCUUUGGCAUGUACUUGUAGAUAUCAUUUUGGAGGUCCACAACUACUUUAUGACUCGAAAAGUAGAGAAAGAACACGAUGACGAUGACGACAGGGAUAAUAUUUCCUUUGUGAAGUCAGCACCGGCUGGGUCAAAGGGUCAUACAUUUAAGAAGGUUAUGCUGUCAGUCUACAUUUGUGGUAAUCUGGCAUUUCUGUCAUCAUUUUUGGCCACCAUCAUCCAGAUCUGAGCAGUUACAGUUUCAUCUUGGAAACACUUCUACAAUGUGUCGGCUGUUGUACAUCUCACCACAGAAGGAGUCUGCAGAAAUAAAGUCAGUGCAGUGAGAAAUAAGACCUUUCAGCUACUACUAAACCACAGAUGGAACUAACUUCUCAUCUCAUUACUUACAUUCCACAGAAGUUUGUUAACGCCCAGCUAUAGUGGAUACAAAAACUGUACACACCCCUAUUAAAGUGCCAGGUUUUUGUGAUUGAGACCACAAUAAAUCAUUUCAAAACU